UAUAUACGUGCACCUAAGUCCUAGCAUCGAUCAGAUCAUUUGUUAGAGUCGUCGUAUCUACUCCAAUUUGCAUUUAAUUUGGAGCUUCCAGUGAAGAUGUUCUCACAAAGCCUGCGCUACUGGCUGCUGCUUCUCAUCAUGCGUAUCUUGCUCUCAUCCAGCACGCCCACCGCCGGCAAGGUGCCGGCGAUAAUCGUGUUCGGGGACUCCACAGUCGACACAGGCAACAACAACUACAUCCCGACCGUCGCCAAGGGCAACUUCCCGCCGUACGGGCGCGACUUCGAUGGCGGCGUCGCCACCGGCAGAUUCUCCAAUGGCCGCCUUGUCACAGACUUCCUUUCCGAGGCGUUCGGACUGCCGUCGUCUGUGCCGGCCUACCUAGACACCAGCUACACAAUCGACCAGCUCGCCACAGGUGUGAGCUUUGCCUCCGGAGGCACGGGGCUGGAUGAUUUGACAGCUAAAAUCCCAUCAGUUAUACCCUUGAACCAGCAGUUGGAGUACUUCGCGGAGUAUAAGGAAAAGCUGAAGCUUGCCAAGGGCGAGUCAUUGGCAAACGAGAUCAUCGCCGAGGCCCUAUACAUCUUCAGCAUUGGCACCAACGACUUCAUCGUUAACUACCUCGUCCUUCCUCUCCGCCCCGCCCAUUACACCGCGCCGGAGUACGUCACCUACCUCGUCGGCCUUGCUGACGAAGCCGUUCGCCAUGCCUAUGACCUUGGGGCGCGCAAGAUGGAGCUCACCGGCCUUGCGCCAUUUGGGUGCAUACCUUCUGCGAGAACGCUGAACCACGACGAGCCAGGCGAGUGCAACGAGGAGUACAACCAGUUGGCUAUGAGGUUCAACGCCGAGCUGAAGGAGGCCGUGAGGAAGCUCAACGAUGACCUCGCCAGCGCACAGGUGGUGUACGCAGAGACGUACAGCGUGGUGGCCGCUAUUGUUGCCAACCCGUCCGACUAUGGGUUUGAGAACGUAGCGCAAGGUUGCUGUGGCACAGGACUCAUCGAGACGUCCGUCCUUUGCGGCAUGGACCAAGCAUUGACGUGUCAAGAUGCUAAUAAAUAUGUGUUCUUUGAUUCAGUCCAUCCAUCCGAGGCGACGUACAGGAUACUAGCUGAUGAAAUUCUGAACAAUGCACUGCGAAUAUUCCUAUAACAUUUUGUAGAAGACAAUAUUUUUUUAACAUACAUUAAUUGCACGCCGGGGGUGCAAAUAAAUCCAAGUGUUAAAGUGCAGCACUAUUCUUACAGAGGGCCAUUAACUUCUGUAAAAACAAUAUCGUGAGCUAUCCUCUUGAUACAGGGGAAAUUGAUUAUAUAUAUGUGAUGAAG